UAUUUUUUUCUUCGCUUUUGUCGUUUGUUUUGUAGUUGAAAGUGCCGGCCACGAAUUACUCUAAAAAUCUGUCAUUUAUUCAAAAUAAAUCUACUUAUUUUACAAAGGCACAAAAUAUGUGUCUUUUCUUAUAGUUUUCAUUUGUAGUGUAGGUACAUACUAAAUACUUGAAAUGGACUCCGCAAAAAAGUAUUGUCCUAAUUGCAGUCAACUUUACGUUUUGAGUUCCUCGAAUACAAAACCUAACAAUUUGCCUUUGUUUUUAACAUGCGGGCAUACUAUGUGUGAAAAAUGUAUCAAAAACAUAGUAAAAUUUGGAGAACCCAUUGAAUGCAAGGUUUGCCAUCAGGAUAUGGCUCUAGAGCCAGACAAUGUUACAUUGAUUACUCAGAAUAAUGUAAAAUUGUAUGAAUUUUUCCCUCUUAAUGUUCACAUGCUUGGUGAACUGUAUGUGCAGAAUUUACAGAAAUCUGAGGCGAAAACCAGUUCAAAUGAUUGUUUCCUCAAUUUAAAUGCUUUAUUGAAGGAAAUUGAGUGUGCUGAAGGAGAAUGUUUGGAAUGUCACUCGAUGACCUCAAAAAUGUGUGAGCAGUGCCGCAUGCCUCUUUGUGAUACUUGCUUUAAUAAGACUCACAAAAAUUUUGUUAUUUUCAAGAACCACUACCUCAAGAAUAUAGCUCCAGUAGGUGUUCCUAAUGUCUGUGGUGCCCAUAAUGGCAAACACCUGGACUAUUAUUGCAAAGAUUGUGAGAAAGCCAUUUGUAUGGAUUGCAUGAUGGUUGGUGGAACCAACUCAUGCAAAACUCAUAAUACUGUGUCCAUACAAGAAGUUAAUGAACAGAUCUUUGAAGAACUUAGUAAUAUUUCGCCUAAAAUUGAUGAAACUUUCAGAAGACUGACAAAAACUGCUGUUGAUGUUGGUCAACUGCUGUAUAAAAUUGAAAAUGAUACUGAAACAUCCUGCACACAAACUCAAAUGAUAGCAGAUGUGGAGCAACACUUCUCGAAGCUUGAUUGUCAAUUACAAAAGCAUAAGCAGGAGCUUAUAGACCUGCUCAUUAAAUACAAGUUGUCUGAAAAGAAUUCCCUCCUUCAAGCUAGGAGUCAUGUGGCAGAUGCUAUUAAAAAAUCAAAAACUGUAACUAAUGCGAUCACAGCUUCUGGUGACCCGAAAAUUCACAAAGAGAUCAAUCUUACAGCACUAUUGCAAACUGCAAAAGAAGUAAUCGAUACACCAUGGUACCUAACCAAAGAUGAAGUGAAAGGCGAACCAUUAAAGUUGCUGGUUAAGGAAGAAUUGUGCAAAACAAUUACGGAUUAUAUUCGUCUGGAAGGGAAGUGGGAUUCGUGUUACAAACUUCAGUCCUCUAAAGAGUUGGGUGAGGACAUACCGGCUGCUCCCUCCGCGCCCGUCAUGCCCCCUGAGUUGCCUAAAGAUGUAAGGCAGUCCAGCAAGUCGAAGCAGACGAGCCAGUCGAAGCCCGAGGCGCCGUACGUGGCGUUCUACAAGAACGUGCCGCACUACCGCGCCAAGAGCGACUCCAUCACCUCCCUCAACUCUAUCAGCAGCGAGUCCUCGUACAAGAGCUCCAUCGCCACUACUGGUGAUGCUCGCCGCAACCAGAACAGACCAGUGAUUCAACCAGUCUCGCCUUUUCCCGAGAGCCAACAUCCUACACCUCUACUCGAAGGUUCUCAAGAGUUGAUCUACAUAUCGCAUAUCGUGGAGCCCCACAACUUCUACGUGCAGAGAGUCUGCCACCAGUCUGCUGUCAAAGAGAUAAUUCGAGCGUUUAGAAACGCCGCGUCUAUGCUCAAACCAUCUGUGAACCACGUUGCAAGAGAAAAAGUAUACUUAGUAGACAAUAAGGCCGAUAACAUGUGGCAGCGUUGCCGCGUCGUCGACAUCGACAGGAAGGAUGUAAACAAGCCCGUCUUCAAAGUAUUCUGCUUCGACUUCGGCAGCACGGAGAAGGUUACCGUUGACGAAUUGCGGCUGAUACCGCCAGCCAGACUGCACCACCCACCUCCGUUGGCAAUCCAUUGCUCUUUGUCCAACUGUACGCCCAAAGCCGGAGGUUGGACAUGCGACGAUUCCUACCUCAUAAGAAACAUUAUUGACAACAAACAAGCCGUGAUCUACGUUCGCCAACUAUGCAUUGUCGGGCAGUCUUUGAAGGUGGACUGUGACGUCACAACGUUCGAGGACGGCAUCAGUAUUGCGCACGCGCUUGUAUUCCAUGAGCGCGCGCGAUUUGUCAAUCCUAGAUUGCCGUAUCCUGAAAUACCUGGUAUCGCCGAAAGGCCAACUAUUUUCAUGAAUAAUAACGAUUUGAAAUACAAGUCUGUUGAAGAGGUAUAUAUUAUAAAUGUUAUGAGCCCAGACAAAUUCUUUGUGCGAAAGCAACAUCUGCAAGAAGUGUUUGAAAAACUCUGUGAUGAUUUGGAUCAAGAAUACAGCUUGAGUGAUACCUCGGGAAGCAUCUAUCUGCCCGAAGUUGGCAUGUUUUGUGUGGUGAACCUAGACCGAUAUAGUGAGGCUGCGGGGCAAGCCGGAUGGGCCCGGUGCCUGGUGACUGAGACGCCGGGGCGCGGCCGCGUGCGCGUGUUGCUGGUGGACUGCGGGCCCUCGCUGCUGGUGCACUGGACUCAGCUGCGGCGGCUGCGGCCCAAGCUGGCCACGCUGCGGGCUCUGGCCAUCGAGUGCUACCUGGCGGGCGUGACGCCUCAGAACAAGAAAUGGAACCCCCGCUCCGUGGCGCUGCUGCAGCAGUACUGCGGCACGGAGCUGGAUAUGAAGGUGGAGGACAACAGGAACCGCGGCUCCGUGGGAGUGUCGCUCUACGACAGGAGCGACGAGGAAAACGUGGUCUGCGUCAACCAGGAGAUGAUACGACACAAGUAUGCCGUUAGCUUUGGAAUUUACUCAUUCAACCAAAAUAACAUUGUGGAAAGUGAAGCCAUCACUAACAGAGCGCCCGCCGAACAAAAACCAAAGCCGGAAAAGAAAAAAAGUAUCACUGUGCUUCAGAAUCAGACAUCGCCCAAAAAGAAAAUCAAUGACAAAGAUCUCGAAGCAAAAGACAAAGGACCAGUUUCAUUAGAAGCAAAGUUGUUGCACUAUCAAUCUCCGUCUCUGAUAUACAUAUCGCUCGUUCAGCAGCAACAGGUGUUCAACGAAUUGUUUGAUAAAAUCCAAAAGCAUUAUGCAACAAAAAAAUCUUCCGGUAAAGGGGACUGGAAAGUCGGUGACAGAUGUUGCACUAUUUGCAGCGCGUCUCAAACAUGGCGUCGUGGAUUAGUUGUAGAAAUUGACGGCUCGAAUGCCAAGAUAUUUUAUUCCGAUUUCGCUUGCGUUGAAACGGUUCCUAUGGCCAACUUACACGAAUUGGUCCCCGAGUUUGCUUCGAUCGGAGACGCUGCCAUCAAAUGUCAUUUGAGCGGUGUAGUUCCCGCCGUGGGGGACGAAUGGCCGUCAUUAACUAAGGAAUUCUUGAAGGAACUGCUCGAUGUCUACAAGAGGAUAUUCAUAACUAAAGUGGGCAACUUCAAUGAGAAAGACAAGAGCUUGCCGAUCCAGAUUUGGGUGUACCACGUGAUCCAGGGCGGAGCCUUGGAGCCGGACAGGUCUGAAUGGCGCUGCCUCAAUAAGAGGAUUAUUGAACAAGGGCUAGGUGUGCCCGAUAAGUCUCAGGAGGUGACUGUUCCUGAAAAUGAAGCCGAAGCCGGCGACAUGCUCUCCUUCCUAAACGUGAAGGGUUCCGUGACCGAGUGGUUGCAACUGGAGCCGUUGCCACAAAAACCCGACGCGAACCAAUGCGAAGUGAGCAACGAGUCCAGCAGCCCCGAGUGCGAGGAGAUAGCGCCGUCCUGCUCUAACAACCCGAACACGAUGUUCAUCACGGACUGGCAGCCCGCCGAGCCGCUGCAGUGCACGGAGUUCGCGGCUAUACCUUCGUAUGUGGACAAUGACGGAAUCAUUUAUCUCCAUCAGCAGACACAAGAAGACACGCUGGAGCUGAUCCGCAAGGCGCUGGACGUGCGCUUCAAGGCCCCCGACCCCAAGGCCAAGUCCGCCAAGUGGUCCACCGGGGAGCCCUGCAUCGCUCUGUACUACCUCGACAACAAGUUCUACCGCGGAAAAGUCCUCGAAGUGCACAACGAGGCCUGCCUCGUUCAAUACGUAGACUACGGCAACGAAGAGCUCUGCCCCUACGAAAACAUGAGAAAGAGCAUCGCCCUCUAUCAGCUCCCCAUCCAAGCUCACAAAUGCCGUCUCAACCGUAUUAAACCGGCGCAAGGGAGAUGGAACCGCAUCGCUCUUGAUUACAUACACAAGUCCGUCGUGGAGAAACUCUGCUUCGUGCGGGUCACUGGGGAGACGCAGGGUGACGUCACGCCCAUAGACCUCAAGUACGACAAACUCUGGAUCAACGAUCAUCUCGUCGAGUUCGAGAUGGCCAAGUACACCGACGGCUCCAAGGCUAAAGUACCCAUGUUCAUCAGCAAGGCGCAACAAAUGCUCGCUGUGGUGGAAUCUGACUCCGAACCCGACUACAUUGUGGACGAGAACGACACCCCCGCCCACACCACCUCCACCUCCUACGACUCCUUCAACAUGAAUUCCAUGGAGGGCAAGGACUGGAACCAAAUAUUGGACGAGGAGGAAGUGGUCAAGGCGUCCGAACAAUGUAUCUCGUACCCUCAAUACACGAACGAGGAAUUUUUGUGUAACGUUUCCGUCAUAAACGAUAUGAACCACUUGGAGCUGAGCAUCAUUAUGGACGACGAAACGGCCGCCGCGUACUCGCAACUGUACGACGACGUGAACGAGAACGGCGUCAACAUGAGCCCGCUGAACGGGAUAUACGAGAACAAGGCUUGCAUAGCGCUCUUCCCCGACGACGAGAAGUGGUACCGGGCGACCAUCGUCCAGUACAGCGAGGCGAAGAAUCAGAUCAAAGUGAGAUACGUGGACUUCGGGAAUGUAGCCGUGAUAUCGCUGGCAGAGGCGCGGGAGCCGGCGGCGCGCUGGUUGACGCUGCCGAGCGCGGCGCUGCGCGCGCGCACGCGGGCGCUGAGUGCAGACCCGCAGCUGUCGUCCGCGCGCCGCGCGCGAGCGCUCGCCGCCGCGCUGCUCGACCGCGGGCCCUUCCACGCCAAGGUGCUGGGCUACGAGGACUCGUUGCCGCUCGUAGAGCUCCGAAACACCGACGGCGAAUUGGCUUGUGCGGAUCUGAUCGUUGACAAUAUUCUCUUGCCUUCUUAAUUUUGUUAUCUUACAUUAAAAAGAAUAUUUAGGAUACAUAAAUAGCUGAGCUAUACGUGAAAAACAUCUAGAAACGUAAAUGUGUUAUGACUAAGAUUAUAAUUGUUUGUGUGAUCAUUAUAAACUUAAGGAACUUUCAAUCAUUUGUUUCUGCAUUUUUCUGCCCGCUGAACUGAACAAGGGGACAUAUAGAACUUUAUUUUUAUUUUUCUGUAAUCAACAGAACAGUAAUCUAGUUUAAUAAGAAUCUUAUUGAAUAAGAUCUUUAGUUAUUUUGAUUUAGGAUCAGAAGCGAUUCCAAAUAAAAGAGAAAUAGCAUCGAUAUUUUUUUCAUCUUUCUAUUAAUAGUAACAAGAUUUGUUUUAUCUAUUCGAAGAAAUAAAACUUAUUCCAGUAUAAAGUGUUAAAUAUGUUCCAAGCAAUGACUUAUUGUUUCUUUUUAUUUCUAGUUGUAGGUUAUAAUGUUAACAAUAAAACCGACCUAUUAGAACUUA